CCAGCUCCAGCCUCAGGAUGGAGCUCAAAAGUACCCAGGCCCGGGAUCUGGAUACGUUCAUCGAAAACCUUCUCCUGCCAGACGCCCAGUUCCGCAAGCAGGUGAAACAAGCCAUCCACAUCAUCAGCACUUUUCUGAAGGAGCGCUGCUUCCAGAAUUCCUUAGAGCCUGUGCGAGUGAGCAAAGUUGUGAAGGGUGGUUCCUCCGGCAAAGGCACAACCCUUCGAGGUCGAUCAGACGCUGACCUUGUCGUCUUCCUCAACAACUUUACAAGUUAUGGGGAGCAAUUCAACCGCCGCGCAGAGUUCAUCCAAGAAAUAAGGAGACAGCUGGAAGCCUGUCAGAGGGAGAGAAGUUUCGAGGUGAUGUUUCAUAUAAACGAGUUCGAGAAUCCCCGUGCUCUCAGCUUUCGGCUCUCUCAGCAUCCGUCCCUCUUGAACUCCGGGGAGUUCGUGGAGUUUGACAUCCUCCCGGCGUACGAUGCCCUGGGUCAGUGGAACAAAAGCCAAAUCAGCCCCCAAAUUUAUAUCAAGCUCAUCAAUGAAGGGAAGGAGGGCGAGUUCUCCUCCUGCUUCACAGAGGUGCAGAGAAGCUUCCUGAAGGGUCGCCCCACUAAACUCAAGAGUCUCAUCCGCCUGGUGAAACACUGGUUCCAAGAGUGUCGAGAAGAUUUGGGAAAGCCUCUGCCACAACAGUAUGCACUGGAGCUCCUGACGGUCUACGCUUGGGAGGAAGGAUGCAAGGAAACCUAUUUCAACACAGCUCAGGGAUUCCGCACUGUCUUGGACUUGGUCCUGAAGUAUAAACAGCUCUGCAUCUUUUGGGAAAAGUAUUAUGAUUUUACAGACCCUUUUAUUAAACAAUACCUGAAGAGCCAGCUCAACAAGCCCAGGCCUGUGAUCCUGGACCCAGCGGACCCUACGGGCAAUGUGGCUGGUGGAAAUGAAUAUGGUUGGGAGCGGCUGGCACAAGAGGCUAGGACCUGGCUUUACUACCCAUGCUUCAAGAACUGGGAUGGAUCCACAGUGGAACCCUGGCACGUGUCGGUGAGUCACAGCUCCCUUCCCUGCACCCUGCACCCCAUCUGCAAGUUUGGCAUAUACUUCUCUUUCCCCAAAAUUGUCUCUUGCGGUCCAAGAGGCCUUGGCCUAUUUCACUGAGCUCCUGUUUUUCUCAGGUCCCCUUCAG